AUGAGCGGCGGCGACGAUAGUUCCAUGACCUUCGAGGACCGCAUCCGAGCGAGCGGGUCGUGGAACACCAUCGGCACGGCCCUGGUGGCCACAGGACUCGCCUUCUUCGCGGGGCAGCGGUACGCGUGGGCGAAGCGCAGCACGUGGGGGUACCGCAUCACCAAUCUCAUCAUGUGGCCAACAUUGGGGGUUGGCGCCACGAUGCUGGUCUGGAAGGACGCCGAGCGGUAUCGGGCCGAGUACGGCGGGAGCGCGGCGAUGACGGACGAGGAGCUGCGGGAGGCGCGGGAGAUGAACGCGGUGCGCAUGGAGGUGCUGCGGAGGGUGAUGGCAAAGAGCCGGGACAAGGGCGCGGGGCGCGACGGAGCGGACGCGUAG